CUUGAGAGGAUCCCGAGUUGGUCGUGUUUUAAACCAUUUCAGGUGAUUCCGAUUUGUGGGAGGAACUUAGAUCUGAUGUGCUUUCUGGAUUGCAGGUUUCAUGUAUGCUUGAUUAAAACUUGAAGCUGUGUAUUUCCACUUGUGGAAAUGAAAGUGAAAGAACACUGAUUUCACUUUGAAAAAUGCGAACGAAAUGAAUUCAACUCAAGCUGUUUGCUGUUCAGAAAGUAAAGUCAAACACAGCGGGUUCUCGCUUGUCAUUCCCCAAGUUACUUUUGAAUUCUCUUUUGAUUCUGUGGAAUGCUGAAUACCUUUUAAGAGGAAAAGCAAUUAUUCAUAUUUAAGAUGGAGUAAUAUUAUCUCUGGCGGGAGUGAGGACAGCCAUAUUCUGGACAAGAUCCUGCUAAUACUUGUUGCCAAACACUCCGGUCUCAUCUUUAGGAUCACGCAGAGAGCCGCUUCAGAUUCUUGUGGCUUCGGGGAAAUGACAUAAGACUAUCCUGAAGGGCAUCCGCUUUUGCGACUGUGGUUAAUUAGCAGCACUCAGAUGCUUUCUCUUCACUCUCUCUUCAAUCAGAACCAGUGGCCACUCUCAUCUCCGCCAUUGUCAGCCACCAAGAAAUGCUAUGGUGUUUUGAGGAGAAGGAAUGGUCACCCAUUUCCUUCUUCUGCUGCUCGCAGUUGCAUUGUGUGUGCAAGGGAGAGAGAUUCACAGCAAUUUGAGAUGGACCCAGAUAAGGCCAGGCAAGCCCUUCAAGAGCUUGAUCAGCAGCUUCAAUCUUUCUCCAAAAAACAAGUCACUCCUCCCAAGAUGAAAGCUCAGGACAUGAAGCUUCCAAGAAAUCAAAUCAGAGGAGAAAUGUCAGAGAUUUCAGGAUCCCUUUUAGCAAAUUCAGCUGUUUUUCUCUUCAUCUUCUCCAUUCUCUACAAUGUGCUGUUUUAUACAGUCAUAAAGCCUUCCAUUGAUGGUCCACUAACAAGUUCUAUCAGUUCUGAGAGAGAACCCACUGAGCCACCAGUUUUGCAGCAGCUUCCACUUUCAUCUGAGUUCAUACCCUCUUCACCUCUUAGCUGAAUUUUUAUAUUACUAGAAAGAAGAUAUUACAGAAAUUAAACAUGGGUGUUAAAUUUGUAUCAAGAAAAAAGUGAUGAAAAUGACUGUUUACACUUUACAGUAUAUUGAUAGUUGAGCCAAAUAAAACGUGUAAACAAGCAAGUUCGUGAAUUAGUAAACUCAA